AUGGAUUUGAAUGAUCCUCGUAAGCAGCACCAGCCCACUGGUUUAGGCAUCGAUAACAGUUCGGUUCCUACUCCUGUAGCUAUUAAUGAUGAUCCAGCUAUCAGUGUUGACAAUAGUACGAAAGGUAUUGCUAUUCCAACUCAGCCACCCCUUCGACACAACGAUUCAUUUUUGAAUGCGACAACGUACUCACCUGACAACAAUCCCGACUCAAUCGAAUUAGAUCUUGAGCGAGUUACUAGAAUUGGUAGCAGAGAUACAAAUAAUUCAGAUAGCACUUCGGGUACCAAUAGUGCUACUAGAACUCCUACUCCUCUGACCUCCGCUUUAGGCUUGGCUAUGAGAAGAACCGUUAGUCACAGUCGCACCUUUUCUGGUUCUUCGGCCCGUAUUCCAGAUCUGUCCAAUGCGACUCCACCAAUUGGAAAAAUUGGUGUUUGUGCCAUGGAGAGUAAGGCCCGUUCAAAGCCUUGCCGUCAGAUCUUAAACAAACUUAUUGAAAAUGGUGAAUUUGAAACCGUCAUCUUUGGCGAUAAGGUAAUUCUUGACGAAUCUAUUGAGAAUUGGCCAACUUGUGAUUUCUUAAUCUGCUUUUUUUCCACUGGAUUCCCUUUGCAAAAGGCGAUCGAAUAUGUAGAACUCCGAAAGCCGUUUCUUGUCAAUGAUCUCGAGCUGCAAAAAGUUCUUUGGGAUAGAAGACUAGUAUUGAAGCUACUGGAUGCCAACAAUGUCCCCACUCCUCAGAGACUUGUUAUAUCCCGAGAUGGCGGUCCAAAGGUUGAUGAGAAGGUGCGAGCCAAACUGGCCAGUCAUGGUGUUAAUCUAGAGUACGAACCUGAAUUGCAGUUUGAAAUGAUUGAUGACGGUGACACAUUGCGUCUCAGCGACGGCAGCACCCUACAAAAGCCGUUCGUUGAAAAGCCAGUCGAUGGUGAAGACCAUAAUGUAUAUGUUUAUUAUCCGAAGAAAUCCGGCGGUGGUGGUAGAAGGUUGUUUCGGAAGGUUGGUAACAAGUCGUCCGAAUAUGACCCCGAAUUAUCUAGCCCUCGUACUAAAGGGUCUUUUAUCUAUGAACGGUUUAUGGAUACUGAUAAUUUUGAAGAUGUUAAGGCAUAUACAGUCGGUCCGGAUUUCUGUCACGCUGAAACUCGAAAAUCCCCUGUCGUAGAUGGAAUUGUCAGACGUAAUACUUACGGAAAGGAGCUGAGAUUUGUUACUAAGCUGUCAGAUGAAGAAGUUCAAAUGGCCAAAAAUAUCAGCAGAAGUUUUGAGCAGUCGAUCUGUGGUUUCGAUUUGCUUCGUGUUCAUGGAAAGAGCUAUGUCAUUGAUGUAAAUGGGUUUUCCUUUGUUAAGGACAACAAAGACUACUAUGACAAUUGUGCCAGAAUUCUGCGUGAGUUAUUCAUCGCAACCAAGAAGGAUCGCGAGAGACUUAAUGGAGAUUCUGCCAUUACUGUUGAGGAGAAACAACAGAAAUGGGUUCUCAAGGGUUCAGUGGCGAUUAUUAGGCACGCCGAUAGAACUCCUAAACAGAAAUUUAAGUUUUCUUUCAAAUCACAAUAUUUUGUGAGCCUUCUCCAGGGUCACAAAACUGAGGUUAUUAUUAGAGACAAGGAUCAUCUCAGACAUGUUCUAUCUGUUACUGACAAAGUGAUCGAGGUAGGUGCAGAAGAUCCUGUGAAGCUUAACCAACUUAAGCGGGCCUUAGAGAAAAAGCUUGAUUUACCUGGAACUAAGGUCCAACUUAAACCGGUUCUUAGCUCCAAAGAAGAAGUUGAGAAAGUUCAAUUAAUCAUUAAGUGGGGUGGUGAACCCACCCAUUCAGCAAGAUAUCAGGCGUUGGAUUUGGGUGAGCAAAUGCGUAAAGAUAUGAUGCUACUGAAUAAGAACUGUCUUGAUGACGUAUAUUUUUUCACGAGCUCUGAAAGAAGAGUAAUUGCGUCUGCCAAAUUAUUUGCAAACUCAUUCCUAGAACUAGAAGAACUACCAGAUGGAUUUUUGAACAUUCGGAAGGAUUUGUUAGAUGACUCAAACGCUGCCAAAGACUUGAUGGAUCAAGUCAAGAAGAAGUUGAAGCCGUUGUUACGUAAGGGCAUUGAGCCUCCUCCUCAAUUUACAUGGCCUGCUAAGAUUCCUGAACCAUUUGUUGUUCUGACUAGGGUAGUAGAGUUGAUGAAGUAUCACAAGAAGAUUCUUGAUUACAACUACAGUAACAAGGAUGUGAAUUCUUUCCAACAGAGAUGGUGCUGUAAUGAAGAGCCAUUUCUUUUCAAAGAAAGAUGGGAUAAAUUGUUCAGCGAGUUUGUUUCUGUCGAUAAAGUAGAUCCGUCAAAAAUUUCAGAGUUGUAUGAUACAAUGAAAUACGACGGACUUCAUAAUCGUCAAUUUCUGGAAAAGAUAUUUGAACCAGAUACAAAUAUCGAAGAGCUUGAACCUCCUACCCAUGAAAUUCCAAGUUUGAAAGUCAAUUUGGGUCCAUUUUCAUCUGGUGUAAGCUCGCCUGCAACUACCCCAGGGGGUACCAUGUCACCCGCUCUUGGCAUGAAUACUAAGAAUGGACCAUUUGAUAGAACGGAGUUUGCACAUCUCCGUGAACUGUACAGGUUGGCAAAGAUCCUAUUUGAUUUUAUUUGCCCGCAAGAAUAUGGCAUUGAGGACCAUGAGAAAUUGGAUAUUGGCUUACUCACCAGUAUGCCUCUUGUGAAGCAAAUUCUCAAUGAUAUUGAGUCCAUUAAGAAGUCAGAUACUGGGGCUUGUAUGAUUUACUUCACCAAGGAAUCACACAUUUACACUCUGUUGAACGUCAUAUAUGAGUCUCAGAUUCCCACUAAGUUGAGCCGUAAUGCUUUGCCGGAGCUUGAUUACUUGACUCAAAUUUGUUUCGAGCUUUACGAGUCCGAGGAUCCUACAACUUGUGAGAAGAAGUAUUCAAUUCGUAUCGCGCUUUCGCCAGGAUGCAAUAGUCAGUCGCCUUUAGAUGUGCAACUGGACUCUAAACACUGCAUUUCCUGCAUUCCAAGAAUCUCUUUCACUCGCUAUCUUGAUGCUGAUAUUGCAAUUGCCAAGCUUCGCAGCAAGUUUAAUCGAGUUUCCAUGCCUAAGAAGUUCAUUCCAGUGAAUAUCAGCAAUGAGGAGGAACAAGACGUUAAAAGCGAUGCGUAG